GUAUAAAAAGCCAUGCUUUCGUUUUAAACUGUAUAAUGUUUUUCUGAAUUCGUUACAACCUUUUCCCCACAAAUAAAAGAAAGAAAAGUAAUAUAUAUUAAAUAUUCAACACAAAGUAGAAGCCUGGAAUUUAAAAUAUUUAGUGGCAAGAUGAAAUUAUUAUCCUUUCUACCCAAACUUUAUUUCAUCCUAUUUACUCUUCUUAUUGGAAUUGUAGUAGGAAUAAUGGCAGGAAAUAUUCCAAAUUUGCGUCAAGAAGAGGAUGAAUUUCUGUAUGACGUUUUUCCCGAAGAUUUUCAAUGGGGCCUGGCCGUUUCAGCUUAUCAGACAGAAGGAGCUUUCGAUGUUGAUGGUAAAGGUCCCUCCGCAUGGGAUGCAUGGACCCAUGAAAACAAUGGAUCUAACAUUGUUGACGGACAGAAUGGGGAUGUCGCUUGCGAUUCGUAUAAUAAAUUUGAAAACGACACUCAACUUUUAGCUGACAUGGGAGCCAACUUUUACAAAAUAUCGUUAUCCUGGCCAAGAAUUGUUCCCACGGGGAGAACCUCUGACGGAAUCAACCUGGCAGGGAUUGCUCAUUACAACAAAGUUAUUGAUAGCUUACUCGCAAAAAAUAUUACACCCUUCGUCACCCUCCACCAGUGGGACCUUCCUCUCCCUUUGGUUACCAGUGGAUCUUGGAAUAAUGAAGAAAUCGUCAAAAACUUUGGAGACUUUGCUCGCAUCGCUUUCCAAUUUUAUGGAAACCGGGUCGACCUCUGGGCCACCCUGCACGAGCCGUUAAUUUCAUGUCAGGCAGACGCCACGUUUGGAGUUCAUGAUUAUUUCGACGAACCCCCCACCAAACAGUACACCUGUGUCCAUAAUGUUCUUAAAGCGCAUGCCACCGCCUACAAAAUUUUUAAGGACGAACUCGGCCUUUCUGGUCAAGUCGGUUUGACUCUGAAUAGCGAAUGGGCUCAGCCAAAAAAUGCCAGCGAUCCGUUUCAUGUUGACGCAGCAGAGCGUUUACUCGCAUUUCGACUUGGGUGGUUCCUUCACCCCAUUUACACUGGAGAUUAUCACCCCAUCAUGAGAAGCAUUAUUGACCAGAAGAGUGAGGCUGAGGGGAGAAAUUCUUCCCGAUUGCCAAGCUUCGAUGAUGCAUGGAAGCAGAAACUGAUUGGUUCCCUCGACUUUAUCGGGCUCAACUACUUUUUUACCGUCAACGUUGUAUCCACCAUCGGGAAUAAUGGUGGUGUCGACGGUGAUGGCUACUUUGCCACCGAGUUUGACCCCACUUGGAACUUGACGGGGGAUGGUUUACCAAUAACUCCGUUUGGAAUGAGAAAAUUGCUAAAUUACGUGAAAGAAAGUUACGGAUCUUCCCUCCCAAUCUACUUGAUUAACGGAUGUGGCGAAGUGGAAGGCGUGGAUGGAACGGACGACACUUUCAGGGUAGACUUUUUCAAAAUUCAUAUCAACGAAUGCUUAAAAGCGGUCAAAUUGGAUGGAGCAAAUGUCAAGGGGUUUACGGCGUGGAGUUUGAUUGAUAAUUUUGAGUGGAGUGGAGGGUAUACCGUUAAAUACGGAGUUCAUUCGGUCAAUUCUGCAAAUAUGGUUAGGACACCGAAAUCUUCUGCGCUAUAUUUAUCACAAGUCAUUUCUGAUAAUGGAUUUCCUGCUCCCAAGUAAAAAAGUAUGCAAUAAAAACAUUAUAUAGAAUUAACAUUCUAACUUUUUUAAACGAUCCUGAAAUUUAAAAAAUAAAAUAAAGUUCGGAAAUAUAUGCAUAA